UUUAAGUCUUAAACUGAUGGAGAUGGAAAUUUGAUCAUAGCCUAUAGCCCUGUGGUUCCCAAUACGUUCCUGGUCCUGGAGAACGUUUUUGGUGUCUCUCUUAUCUAACACACACAUUUAAGGUCUUGAGGUCUAUGUAGUUGAAUCAGGUGUGUUUGAAUAGGGAGACAUCUAAUGUGCAGUGUUGGGGGCUCUCCAGGACCAGCUUUGUGAACAACUGGUAAAGCCUAAUGUAGUAGCUAUUUUGUAAAAAAAUAAAAUAAAAAAAUAAAAUAAAAAAAAAUUAUAUUUGAUCUAUUCAAAACAUUUAUUUAUACCCAAUCACUAGCAGGUAAGCAAUGAGUUGCUACUGUAAUAUUCUGGAUUAGUGGUUGAUUUUUAAUCUGUAAAAGAUUAAUCCGAAGAUUCCUGUAAAUGCAAUGAAUUUCUCUGGAUUCUAAUAAUAAGUAACACAUUUGAAGUACACACAACCUACGGAAAUCAGAAAAAAAUACAAUGUAAUAGCCUAUACAAAUGCAAUAUAAUGUAAUUUUAUUUAUUUUGUAUGGUUUAGUAUCUUCUUUUUAAACCAUUUAUUUAUCUAUCAAUCGUUACAGAAUCCUUUUUAAAUUCACCCCCUGGAUAAAGAGUGGGGUAGACGGAGUGUGACAGUUGCUGCUUUGCCUUGACCCAUUCGCACCUGUCUGACUUAAACUCUAGGAAUCCAAACCAACAACUCCGCUUACAUAAAGACUUACUGAGGGUGGAGAGAAGACUUCUUCAGAAGCGUUGGGAUUCGUCUUCUUCAGAAGUCCCAGUCGUGGUGACAGUAACACGUUACAAAUGCUGACAGUAAACCUCAGUGAAAGAUCAGUGCUCGUGCUUACCUUAAGUUUACUUAGAGGCACAACUUAAUUUGUUUAGCAGACGAAAUGAAGACGGACGGCGCAUUUCGUCAGUUUGCUGGUCCACUACAAAGACAUGUCUAUUUUAUCCUUACUUUACCGAUCUUUUUCACAGCCUUUACAUUUUUCGUGGAUGUCUUUACGUUACACAUUAUGCCUUGCAGUGAUGAUAUAGCGAACAAGUCUUUGAACGAAACUCUGGACACUAAUAUUUUCAACAUUUCCACAAGUUGGACGGGCAGCGACCUCACACGUAGUCUCACGUGUCGCGAGCCGAAUCGUUUUGCACAUGGGCAAGCGACGUACAUGACGGGUUUACUUGUCGGCUCUUUAUUCGGUGGCGCUGUUUCUGACAAGUAUGGAAAGAAAUUACUUCUAAUCUGCUGCUCAGCGGUCCUCGCAGUUGCUACUCUUGUAGUGGCAUUUCUUCCGUUUGUUCCCGUGUACUUGACCGCGCGCGGCAUCAGUGGAGCAGCCUGCUGUGCCAUCCACAUCUGCACCUACAGUUUAGGAGUUGAAUGGAGCCUGCCCAAGUAUCGUAUCUGGCCACCCACUCUGUUUUCCUUCAUCUUCAGUCUGGGAAUGAUGGGAUUGGCAGCUGUAGCUUUCUUGGCCAGUGGUUGGAUGCAGUUUCAUCUGGCACUGGGCAUCCCUCAGAUCCUUUUCCUACCUCUUUAUUUCUUUCUUCCAGAAUCUCCUAGAUGGCUGCUUCUAAAUAAGAGGAUGAAAACACUAGAGGGCUAUCAGAAUAGAAGUCCUGAGGACAAGCACUAUUUGGGUCUGCUUUUGGAUUCUGUGGACAAUGAGACACAGAAGCCACUCUCAGAGAAGACCCCAACUAAGACAGAGACUAAUUUCGCCAACUUUACGUCACCUACUAUACUCCUGCGUCUGUUUGUCAUGAGUUACAUUGGUUUUGCGUCUGCUCUCACUUAUUAUGGGAUCUGCUUCAGUGUGGGAAGUUUCGGUGUAAAUAUCUAUCUGGCACAGUUUUUCUCUGGCCUGUCAGAGGCUCCCUCUUUGCUGCUUCCAUUUCUGUUGAAGCGAUGGGGCCGUAGGCCGUUCAGCAUGGGCUCGCUGUUCCUCAGUGGCAUUUCCUGUAUGCUGUCCCUCCUCGUUUCCAAGUUCUGCGACAUGCCUGCUCUUGUUAUGACUCUGGCACUGAUGGGCAAGCUGUGCAUGCAGUCCACCUACUGUGUCUCGGUGCUCUAUGGGAUUGAGCUGUUCCCAACUGUAAUAAGGCAGAAGUGUGUGGGCCUGGUUAGUCUCUGUUACCGAGUGGCCUGUAUUAUAAACGCGGUGGUGAGCCCUGACGGCGGGAUCCCUCUGCCAGCUAUGAUCUGUUACAGCAGUGGGCCGAUCAUUGGUGCAGCCCUCUGCCUGCUUCUUCCAGAGACCAGCGGCAUCCCUUUACCAGACACCGUAAAAGACUGUGAGAAACAGCCCAGUAUGAAGUUCUCAUGCUGUGCACGUUGGCCUGUGAAGCCUAAACAGGAGUCGGAUGCUUCUUUUAACAAGGAGAAUGACAUGAAGAACCAACUGGAAUGCAGUCCCCUCUCAGUGUAAUUAACAAGAGGAACAUAGCAAACACUGACUUAUUCAUAUUAUGUUUUUAUUUGUUUUCAUGUCUUUCCUGUGAAAAUCAAGUACAAGUGAGGGCCUACAGUAUUCUUGGGAUGCCAACAUUUUACAAAUAUAUUUCAAGGAGUGAUACUGUGUAAUGAGGUUUUGGAUGUGUUUGUAAUUUAUUUUAUUUCUGGAUAAGUAUGAUACUGGAACAUCUCACAAUAUUUCAUUUUAUACUGGAAUCAUUCAGUGCUGCUAUUAGAUACUUUUAUAUAGGAGUUCUUUAGUUCAAAAACACACACAGUAAAAAAAAAUGCUUUGAAAGUAUACGUUUUUUUUUAAAGGUUUAUUGAGAAAUGGAUUUUGCAAUGUUCUUGGAUUUCCAAAGAAAAUUUUUUACCUUCACAAACACUUGGGGGCAAAGUCUUGUGUUUCUCUGAAAUAGACAACCGGUUAAAUCAUUGUUUUUAACAGCUUAUGUAUAUACCAUGCAAAAACCUUUAACUCAGAUGUACUGUACUGUAUGAUGCACCUUC